AUGAUAAGAAAACGAAAAACCAAAGGCAAUAAACUUGCCAAAAUGAACGAAGAAGAACGUGCACGUUAUAUGCAAUGUCGUGCUGAAUCUGAAUUAGAAGCAAGAAGACGCAAACAGCAAUUAAUUGCAACUUUUACUAAAAAUAAAUUGAAACGUGAAGAAGUUUUUUCUAGAUUAAAUAUUGCCAAGAUUAAUGAAAAAUGGAGAUUUGUUUUACGACAAAUAAAGUCUAGGGAAAUUUAUGAUAAUGUAAAAAACCUUUGCGAAUCUUUCGAUAGAGUGGUAAAGUUAAAGAAUAGAAUAAUAUGUCGAUUACACGACAAUUUAAAAAUAGCAGACGAAGAUCAUAGGAAACUACAAGAAGCUCAUAUUGUUUUAAUCAACGAUAUAAUUGCAAAAUACAAAGAGAAAUUAGCAAAUUUACGCGAUACCUACAAGUUAGAUAACAUCAAGUCAAAUAACUUAAUUGAAUUAAACUUCUUACAAAAUUGUAUGAACAAGAACUACAAAGAAAUUCAAAACAAUAUAAAUAACAGGAAUAAUAAUUUAAGCAAUGAACAGUCUAUAACAAAGACACAGAAUGCUAUUAACAUUCAUAAUGUUUUAUUUAUGGAGAACAAUGUGGCAUCGAAUCUAGUAUAUCAAUCGUUUGUAAAUAUGGAUAACAUUUGGGUGCAGUUAAAUAAAGUACUGACUGAAUAUGAAAGAAUGACUAAGGAUAAAAAAAAGCAAUACGAGUAUUUAAGGGAACAAGAAAAUAUUCAUCAGCAGCAUGUUCUACAGUAUCCAGGAGUACAUUUACAAUUACAAAAUGUUGUUGAAAGUUUAAAACGCGAUAUAGAAAUAUUAUCGUUUAAGAGAAAAGAGCAAAUUGCGAAACAUAAAGCGAAAGAUACAAAUAUAAAGAAGAAGAUACAAAAUAUUAAACAACAGUUUACUGCAAUUCAAGUAGUAGAUUAUUCUCGAUUAAAAAAAUUGAUUGUUCUUGGCAACGAUGUUUUAUUGAAAUUGCGAAAAAGUAUGAAAACGGGUUCCAUAAUCCUUGAAAUAAUUGCAAUGUGUUCUGCUUUGGAACCAUUCCUGUUUAAUCUAAACAAAUAUUCUAUGGAAGAUACAGUAUAUAUCGACUCUUUUCACACUAGUAUAAGCUCGUUUAAUAAAAUUGAUAUAUUUUGGGAACAGUAUAAUCAUAUGACAGCAAACAACAUUUUGUUGGAAAAGAAGUGUAAAAAUCUGUGUUCAAAGAAUGAGAAAUUAAGAUACAAGUUACAAACAUAUCUUAUAACAGUCUCUGGGGUACCAGCAAUGUUUUCAUUUGCUUUGAAUUCAAUUUAA